GCGUGUGGUUCACGCAUGAUGAUCCGGCGGAAACACAGAUAUUGAUCUAAUUUUAAAGCCGUUAUACUUGUUUUUUUUUUUCCCGCCGGUGGCUCUGCGGGGCCAUACUGGUCAGCAGCCCACCUGCCCCGCACCGACACACUGGUCCCAGUUUGAGCCUGUUCACCUGCUAAGUGUCAUCCUGAGCUGAUCGUCUGCUGUCAGGAUCCAGAGACAACUUCACCUGGAAGGAAGAGAGUUCGGAUGUGGCAAGCAAACUGCAGACGGAUGCAUAAUUUAGCAGACUGGAUCUCGGGGACAGUGAUGGGAGGCUGUGUGGGGAGGAGCAGGAUGGAUGGGCAAGGGAGUGCCCGCAGCUCGACGAGGAGCAAGAAACGCGGAGGACGCAAUGAGCCCCUCAAGAAGGAGCGCCCAAAGUGGAAGAGUGAAUACCCGAUGACAGAGGGCCAGCUGAGGAGCAAGAGGGAUGAGUUCUGGGAUACGGCUCCGGCUUUUGAUGGGCGGAAAGAGAUCUGGGACGCACUCAGAGCAGCUGCCCUCGCAGCAGAGUGCAAUGACCUGGAGCUAGCUCAGGCCAUCGUGGAUGGAGCCUGCAUUACUCUGCCACACGGCUCUCUCACAGAGAGUUAUGAUGAACUGGGCAAUCGCUACCAACUGCCAGCCUACACUUUAGCGCCACCUGUCAAUCUCAUCAAUGAAACGUCCACGGACACCAAAGUGUCCGACUCCACACAGAAACAAAACCAACCCCCUGUGUGCAGGCAAGAGUUCCAGCUGAGGGUCCGGCUGUCAUCAGGAAAGGACGUGCGUCUGACAGCCAGCAUGGCCGACUCCAUCGCCGAGUUAAAGAAACAGUUAGAGGAGCAGGAAGAUAUUGACGUGACCCGCCAGAGGUGGUUCUUUUCUGGGAAGCUACUGACCGACAAGACCCGCCUGCAAGACGCCAAGAUCCAGAAGGACUAUGUGGUCCAAGUGAUCGUCAACAUGAACCCUCCAGUCAUAGCUAACUGAGGACUGGGGAUUAUAAAAAGGACGUGCCAGGAGUAGUGGUAGGGUUUGGUACUGCAGUGGAAUUUUGUGUACAUUUUUAUAUAAGAAAUUAUUGCUUUUAUAUUGCUCCUUUUUGUAUUUUUUCCUUUUUCCAAAUGAAGUAAGACUACUGAAAAGCACUGAAACACUUUAGAGUAGAUGUAGAGUCCUAAGAUGCACAUCCAAGGCUCAGUCCCACUUCUGAAACUUAACCCUGACCCUACACCUUGUUUUGAGUGCCCCCUUUCCUGCUAUGUCAUCAGACGUUGUGUUGGCGCUUGAGCAGCCAUCUUACUGAUGAUUUAUAAAGCACUCUGGGAGAUUUCUCAUGACACUUGGUUUGGGCCUCUGGAAAAAAUCUCCAUUUAAAGCGUCACAUAGCUCUCGCACUUCUCCCUAACCCUCCAUUCCCACAAAACUUGGGACACCCUACCCAUAGGCCUAGGGCUAAGUGAUAAGGGACAAGGUGUACAUUGGGACUGAGCCCAUGUGUCCGUCAGUCUGUCUGUCUGUCCUGCUGUCUUUCUGUUUGUGUGGACAUUGACUCACAACUCUAUUGUUUACACUGACACCCCUCCCCCCCUUGUCAUGUGUUUGUACAUGUGCUAACUGAAUAUAAUUCACAUGGGGAUCUGAGUAAGGAAAAUCCAAUCUCUCUUGUUUUUUUUUAAAGAUUUUUGUCUUGCCAUUUCAGAAGUAUGUAUGAUGUUUAAAGUUGCAGCAAACUGUAGAAAGAAAGCUGUAAAUAUCAGUUUCCCUUUGUGUUGUUUGGUCAUGUAUCUAUGUGCACACUGCAUUUCAAUCCACAGCUGUAUAUUCAUAAUAAAGACACCGAAUGUAACGACGGCACCUUUCUUAAAGGUAAACAGAGACGAUCAGACCUGUUUUUUAAUUAUUUCAUCACUCCAAACCAGAUACUGUAUUCGUAUGUACAA